AUGGAAUUCAAAUGGUGCAAGCAAGAGGGUGAAACCUGUGAAGAAAAGUAUCAGUCAGGAUCGCAACAGAAACAAUUUCUGGUGGAAUCUGUGAUGGAAAGCUACAGUGGAGACUAUUUAUGUUCGGUAACUGCCAACAACAUUCAGGUUGCUUUCAAAAGUGAAACGGUGAAGAUAUCUGUGCACGUGCCUGUGUUUGACGCAAGACUACAUCCAUACACAGACAAACUGCAAAUGGUGGUUGGAGACAACAUGACCUUUACUUGCUCAGUGGAGCGAGGCACCACUCCUCACUUCCAGUGGUGGCACAAUCGAGUGGAGGUAGAUAAUCAGUCUGGGAUGUAUCAGAUCAGAGAGUCUGGGAAGAUGUUAUAUAUAGAGUCUGUCAACUCUGACCAUGAAGGAAAGUUCUACUGCAAGGCCAGCAAUCAGAUUUCAAACAAAAUAACUACUAUACAGAGCAACGUCUUGAACGUCCUUGUCAUAGUACCUGUGUUAGGUGCCAGAAUCCGUGCUGACAGAGACAUUCUGGAGAUGGGGAUCGGAGACAAUGUGACCUUUACUUGCUCGGUGGAGCAAGGAACCUUUCCUUUUUUCUUGUGGCGACACAAUGGAAAGGAUGUGGACCAUAAGUCUGAGAUGUACCACAUCAAAGAGUAUGGGAGGAUCCUAUAUAUUGAGUCUGUCCAAUCGGUGCAUAGAGGAACUUACCAGUGUUGGACAAGCAACCAUGGCUCAAACAGGAACUUUACUGCAAAGAGCAAUGUUCUGACCACCAGCAUCACAGAAAAUACAUUCAGCUUCCUGGUUUCUGUGAUAUCCCCCUUCCUGCUGAUAGUAAUUCUGACCACGGCCAUUCUUGUUUUUAUAUACCGCCACAAACUUCCACUCCUGUGUACUAAAAGUCAUCAGCCUGAACCAAAAACAGAUGAAGCAUUUACCAAAUCCCGGGCUAGGACUGCACUGGGACAACAACAUGAAAUGAACCAAUUAAGUUCUGAAGAUGAACAAACGGAAUACAGAAACUUGCCCACCAGGUCACCUGCCAGAGACUCUUUUAUAGAAGAUGACGUGUAUUACAUUGAUAUCCGCUGCGUUCCUCAAGACUCUUCAGCUUCCACUGCUGAUAAUUACUCAGUCACAUAUUCUACAGUGAAGUGUUCGAAUAAUAUUGAGGAGACAUGUAAGGAUCCCGAAGAACUAAAUGGAUCAUCUCCCAACAUCUAUGAGAAUUUCAGUUCAAACUAG